AUGACAGUUCCAACGUUUGAGACCACCUUUGCGGUGCCCAUGACAUGCGAAAGCUGCGUCCAAGACAUCAAAGGUUCACUGCAACAAUUGAGUGGUAUACAAAAGGUCACAGCGAAUCUGAAGGAUCAGCUGGUUUCCAUAGAAGGCACAGCCGCUCCGUCAAGCAUUGUAGAAGCAAUACAAGCCACCGGCCGCGAUGCCAUCCUCCGUGGCAGCGGUAAUUCAAACAGCGCUGCGGUAUGCAUACUAGAGUCACAUGCACCGCACGUGGAAGACAAGGUGCGGGGGCUGGCGCGCAUGGUCCAAGUUGGCCCUAAUCUCACAGUCAUCGACCUUACUAUCCGAGGGCUGUCUCCUGGAACAUACCAUGCCACAGUACGAGAGAGAGGAGAUAUCUCGGAGGGUCCCGAAUCAACGGGUGGCAUCUGGGAGGCCGUAAAAGCCAAACAGGAGGGCAAACCGUGUCGCGGAGUGUUUGGGACCGUAGAGGUCAGCAAAGGCGGCAUGGGGGCUGUCUUCUUGGACAAGCCCAUCCAAAUCUGGGAGAUGAUCGGCCGCAGCAUUGUGAUUGCAAAACAGCAAGAUGGGAAGCUGGACAAGAACGAUGCAGAUACGCUGGUGGGCGUGAUAGCCAGAAGCGCUGGUGUGUGGGAAAACGACAAAACGGUCUGUUCAUGUUCAGGAAAGACGGUCUGGGAGGAGCGGCAAGAGCAAGUCAAAGGCGGGAUGCUGUGA